AAGCACAUCCACAAACUACCAUUGACCUGCAGGUGUUCACAAACUUUAUCAAUUCACUAUAAAAAGAGUGUAGCUUCGUAUCGGCAGUUAAUUCCUCGAGUUAUUUUGUCCAAGAACCAUGAAAAUAUUGCUCGUAUUUUUUGUGUUCAUCGUAGCUGCCAUAGCAGCUGCUAACGAGAGAUCUCCAGCAUUCGUUGUUAGUGACGGUCAACUUAUUCUCAAUAAUGAAUUGUUGCUGCCAUCCGGUACUACAAGAAGUUCCACAUUUCAAUUUGGUUUUUCAUCCGGUCGUGUUGUUGGUGGUGGUGAUGCCGUCCCAAACAGCGCUCCGUGGAUAGUUUCGCUUCAAUGGGGAACUGUACGUCCGUCACAUUUUUGCGGUGGUUCGAUUAUAUCAGCGAAUUGGGUGUUGAGUGCUGCACAUUGUACGCUAGCCUUUCCGAACUAUGGAAUUUCUACGGUGGUGGCUGGUUUGCACGAUUUAAAUCAAUUUCAUGGAUCAGAACAGAUUCGUAUGGUUGAUUUGUCUCUGAAAUGGGAACACGAAGAUUUCGAAGGAACAAUCGGACCACACGACAUUAGUCUUAUUCUUAUCGAAGAACCUUUCGUGUUUUCCAACAUAGUUGCUCCGAUUUUUCUACCAAAUGCCGAUCAAAUUCAUUCUGGCGAUGUAACUUUGUUCGGAUGGGGGAGUACGUCGAACACAUUUUACCCGACCUUUCCAAACAUUUUGCAAACAGUGUCGAAACCAAUCAUUCCACACGAUGUUUGCAUGAACCAGUUUGCCGAGACGCCAGUUCACGAAAACAAUGUGUGCACGGGACCACUUACAGGCGACAGAUCAGCGUGCGAUGGAGAUGCUGGUAGCCCACUUACACAAGACGAUGAACUUGUGGGCAUUUUCAGUUGGGGAUUUGUACCGUGUGGUUUGCCGAACAGUCCAUCGUUCUAUGUUCGCGUUAGCGCUUACGUACCGUGGAUCAUCAGCAUAAUCGACCGUAGCAAGAAGUGAGAGGUGACUCUAUUAUAAGCGGUUUAAUUUAACUUAAAUUACAUAAUUUUAUCAAUAAAACUGAAAAGUAAAAUUUAUUUUGUUUCC